AUGGUGCUUUGCUUCACUGAGGAUCUUCUCCCAAAGGAUCCGGUUUAUCCUGAUGAUUUAGAGAAGCUCGGGUUCUUCCUCACUAAAGAUGAUAAAGUCCGCUAUAUUGUCGCUCCCGAUCAGGGCCCUCGCUACAAGAUCGACCGCAAUGAUCGCGUGAACAGGGUGCACAUUGAGGCGUUGCACGGGAGCCUCAGAAAACUCGUCAUUCAACGACUUGCCGGGCUCAACAUGGAUGUCGUGAAGCUCCCUAGUAGCGGCCCGAAUGCUCCCAUCAUCGGGUCGCGCAACUUUAACACUGCCAGUAGGGUUGUUGUCUACUUCGGCGAGGUCAUUGAAGACCUUGGCGUCUUCUCGUUCCGUGAUAUAUGCGAUGAUGGGCUCGAUUUUGGAUCCGCUGUUGGCCUCGCAAAAGCCAUUCUUCACGGGCAGAAAGACUCAGCGACAACAGCUCUCAUCCUGGCAAACGCGGGCCAGCACGUCUGGCAUAAUGGGAGCGAUGUUGCAAUGACCUCGGCCAGUUUUAAUAACAGGGCUCAGUCUUAUAUUGUCGAGAACCAGCGUCCGGCAAAUUCUAGCAACAUAGUCGCUAACAAUAAGUCCCUCAAUGCACAUGUCCGCUACAUUUUCGAGGACAUUUUGAUGCCCCAUCUUCCAGUUGGGGCCAAGAUUGAUGUCCUUGGCAUGUCUGAAGGUGGGACUGCUGCUAUGAGCUACCUGGCUAAGCGCUGGAACAUCUGGGCACCUCACGUUUCUUGCAUGGCCCUUGUCAACCCCGAAGCUUUGAGCAACGACCUUGACAUGGGUGAAGCUACUGACUCGAAGUCCUUUGCUCAUUUUUUCCAGACUCGUUGCCGUGCCUGGAUCCUCUCCGAUUCGCCUAUCGGAACACUUGUGGAUUUUCGUGAUAUCUAUGGUUGCAACACCUACUCCUGUGGUGAAGACAGGAAGUCUUCCUGUAUGAUCACUCGUGGCUUAGGUCACAUCUGCAGCUGGAUGAAGAUCAUGAACCAGUGUCCACUGGCGAGAGAGGCUUCCAGCGUGGUUCCAGGUAGUGAGUCCAAGUCGAGCCGAGGACACGUUGGUGCAAUCCCUAAACCAACCGACACUCGUCCUUCCUUGGUCAAAAGAUUCGAGGUCGAUGACCGUCUCGUCAUUGAGCGCUUCUCUGAGUACAUGACUGCCGCGUGGCUCACUGCGGAUGUCAUUGACAUUGUCUCGCGUCUUUCCGAGGUCGAUCAGGCCAAUGGCGAUGAGGCUGCGGUGGCAAUUGACGAGGCGACAGAAGUCAGUGACAAGGCCGAAGCCCGAACGGAGUCUGAUGGUGGCCCUGUUAUGUGA